AUGGGUAGUCUCGGCAGUUCAAAUGAUUUCCAGAUCACCAUGAUAUUCUACCGUAUCGGUCACACCGUCUGCAAGGCACUACAUGCGUUCUUCGUUCGUGCUUCUACCCAGAAACAGUACACGUACAUGCCCCUGUCAAGCGGCUCUGAGGGUAAUGAAAUCCGCCUGAUCAAGCUGCACCCCGGUUCAGUCGAUGACCCUCUCCGAGCUGAAAUCUUACAUGCUACAUUAAAUUCGGAUAUUGUCGGAAAGUAUGAAGCCGUGUCGUACGCCUGGGAAGAUGGUCAUGCAACAAACAAACUAGAAACGCCGCGCGGUAUUAUUCUCAUCACGCCUUCUCUAUCUCACGCACUGCAUCGAUUUCGAUUGAAAGAGGAUUCCCGUAUGCUUUGGGCGGAUGCGGUGUGUAUUAACCAGUCAGACAACGCGGAGAAGGCGAGCCAGGUGGCAUUAAUGAGUAACAUCUAUGCAUCUUCUACCUGUACACUGGUUUAUUUGGGCCGUGGGGCCGAUGGAAGCGAGAAAGUCGGCGAGUUGCUGCAUAGAUUUGCUAGGGCUAGUUCGUCUCUCUACCGCUUAUAUGGAAGGCAGGGAAUGGAGAUGUUGAGACAUGUUGGACUGAUCUCACCUCCGAUGAGGAUGAUAUUCGAGCAAUGCCAACUUCCUGGCCUAGAGGAUCCUGCCUGGAAGGCACUGGCCAAGCUCUGGGCGAGACCGUGGUUUCGACGCGUAUGGGUGAUUCAGGAAUUUGUGCUUUCCCCUGAUGUCCGCAUGUUCUGUGGCGAAUGGGAGGCCAGUUGGUCCGUAUUCUACGUCGCUACGAUCGACGCAUACAUGACAUCCUCCUUCUCAGUUGUUCCCGAUAUACCGAACGCAUUCAAUGACGCGGCAACGCACAUGGGAAGAGAUGCUAUGCAUAUGAUGUGUGUCUACAGGCGAUCUGCACUGUUAGAGACCCUGCCCGCUUCAAAUGCUGAUACUAUGCGAAUGUUGACCAUCAAUUUGGACACAAUGGUAUUCGAAGAACAAGAGGAGUUUAACCUGGCGAGAGAGAUGGAUCCGAAGCUGAGGCAACGGGUGGAGGUACCUCUUCUUGAUCUGCUAGCGCUAUGCGACAGGAGCAAAGCCACAAGAGCUCGCGAUCAUCUAUUCGCGAUUCUUGGUUUAUCAGACGCGACUGACGACGAGCUUUUUCGGGCUGACUACAAUUGUCCAUUCGACGCCAUAGUUAGGCGCUUCGGCAAAGCAUUUGUACGCAGGGGGCAGUGUAUGGACCUCUUGUACCAAGCUCGAUUGAACAUACAAUCUUCGCGGUUUCCGUCUUGGAUUCCUGAUUGGACUACCAAGUUUGUUUUCAUGGGCGAUGAAAUCGACUAUAGCAGCUUAGGACUGCACAGUGGAGGGUUGUAUGCCGCCGCUGGCGAUACUAAGUGCGUGUCGUGGGUUAGUGAUGACCCAAAGGACGAUUGCCUUACAGUUCGAGGGAGGUUCGUCGACAAGCUCAGCUGGGUCGGUGGUGACCACGUCAAACACGGACCCAUACACGGCCUGAUACGUCGUCUUCAGCAAUCUUGCGAUAUUAUCGCAGAGCUUGAAGAAACCUCUGAUUACUAUGUGACUGGUGAGUCACUGAAAGAUGUAUGGUGGAGGAUGCUGGUGGCCAACAAGACGAAGGGAUUCAGUCCUGUCUCUCCAGAUUUUGGAAUCGGACUACGUUCCAGAUGGCAUGUAAUGCCCGAGUUGUGCAGUUUUCUACUAUCACUACCUCCCGAGGAAGCCAAGGAACAACUCGUUGCAAUUAUCGGCCUUCCGCUCUACAAGGCCAUAUACUCUUGUUACACUGUAUACCAGAUUGGUAAGACGGAUAAGGGAAGGGUUGGUCUCGUGCCGCUACUGGCAGAAGCUGGUGAUCAGAUAUACGUCCUCAAUGGUAGUGCAGUGCCAUUUGUUUUGAGGAGGGGGAAGCGACUGCUGAAUGCACAUCGCUUGGUAGGAGAAUGUUAUAUCCACGGAAUCAUGCAUGGCGAGGCAAUGCAGGGCCAAUAUGAGGAGAGAGAUGUCAAAUUGUACUGA